UAGGAGGAAGGAGACGCCAUUAGAGGGAGGCAGAGAGGGAUCGUUCUUCGCCUUUCCUCCGGUGUCUGACGUGGUGGGCUGGGGCCCUUCGUCCUCGGACUUUCCCUCAGCCCUUCCAGGCCUCGCCCGAGGAGGGAGUGGGGACAGCGCCCUGGUCGGCGGAGCCGGGGUGGUGGGGGCUGAGCCGGCUGUGGCUGUGAAGGCGCUGCCGCGGCUGUGGGGAGGGCGGCGCGACACUCGGGCUCGGGCGGCCGGGAAGCGACGGGAUGGCUGCGGCCGGCGGCGGCGGGGCGGCGGCGGCGGGCCGAGCCUACUCGUUCAAGGUGGUGCUGCUGGGGGAAGGCUGCGUGGGGAAGACGUCGCUGGUGCUGCGCUACUGCGAGAACAAGUUUAACGACAAGCACAUCACAACUCUGCAGGCAUCAUUCUUAACAAAGAAGUUAAAUAUUGGUGGGAAAAGAGUAAACCUUGCCAUAUGGGAUACGGCAGGUCAAGAGAGAUUCCAUGCAUUGGGUCCAAUUUACUACAGAGAUUCAAAUGGAGCUAUUUUAGUUUAUGACAUAACAGAUGAAGAUUCUUUUCAGAAGGUAAAAAACUGGGUCAAAGAAUUACGGAAAAUGUUGGGAAAUGAAAUCUGUUUAUGUAUAGUUGGUAAUAAAAUAGACCUGGAAAAGGAAAGACAUGUUUCCAUUCAAGAAGCAGAGUCGUAUGCAGAGUCUGUGGGAGCAAAACAUUAUCAUACUUCAGCCAAACAGAACAAAGGAAUUGAGGAACUCUUUCUUGACCUUUGUAAAAGGAUGAUAGAAACAGCACAAGUGGAUGAGAGAGCAAAAGGUAAUGGCUCUAGUCAGCCGGGAACUGCAAGGCGAGGUGUACAGAUUAUUGAUGAUGAACCUCAAGCCCAGACCAGUGGUGGAGGGUGCUGUUCUUCUGGAUAACUGUGUACGCCUAAGAAAUUAAAAGACAGAACAAAACUGUGGAUCAUUUCCCUCAACAUGAAGACUGCCAUAUUCCAAGUCACAUUAUUUUACCAAUGGAAUUAUAGAAUUAACAGUAUUUUAAAUUACGUUUAUAACACUGCAGAGACCUUAAGUGCUAAACUUAGUGGAGUUUGUGACCAGAGAAUUGGCAUUUUCUACAAAUGUU